CUAGAUUGAAACAAUGGAAGACCUAUACGUGGCAAACACAAUCUUUGCCCUCAAUUUCUUCAAGCAUCUGGCAAAAGUCAGCCCCAGUCAGAACCUCUUCUUCUCCCCAUGGAGUAUCUCGUCCACCAUGGCCAUAAUCUACAUGGGCUCCAGGGGCAACACUGAAGACCAGAUGGCCAAGGUGCUUCAGUUUAACAAAGUUGGAGUCCGUGAAGUCACUCCAGUGACCCCAGAGAAUUUUACUGGUUGUGAAUUCAUGCAGCAGAUCCAGAAGGGUACUUAUCCUGAUGCUGUUUUGAAGGCACAAGCUGAAGAUAAAGUUCAUUCAUCCUUCCGCUCUCUUAGCUCUGUGAUCAAUGCAUCUUCAGGGGAUUAUUUAUUGGAAAGUAUCAAUAAGCUGUUUGGAGAGAAGUCUGCAAGAUUCAAGGAAGAAUACAUGCAACUCUGUAAGAAAUAUUACUCUACAGAACCCCAGGCAAUAGAUUUCCUAGAAUGUGCAGAAGAAGCCAGAAAAAAGAUUAAUUCCUGGGUCAAGACUCAAACCAAAGGCAAAAUCCCAAACCUGUUACCUGAAGGUUCUGUAGACGCAGACACCAAGAUGGUCCUGGUGAAUGCUGUCUACUUCAAAGGAAAGUGGAAAACUCCAUUUGAGAAGAAACUAAAUGGGCUUUAUCCUUUCCGUGUGAACUUGACUCAGCGCAUACCUGUGCAGAUGAUGUACUUGCGUGAAAGGCUGAACAUUGGAUACAUACAGGACCUGAAGGCUCAGAUUCUAGAACUCCCAUAUGCUGGAGAUGUCAGCAUGUUCCUGUUGCUUCCAAAUGAAAUUGCCAAUGUAUUCACUGGCUUGGAGCUGCUGGAAAGCGAAAUAACCUAUGACAAGCUCAAAAAGUGGACCAGCAAGGAAAUGAUGGCUGAAGAUGAUGUUGAGGUGUACAUUCCCCAGUUCAAAUUAGAGGAACAUUAUGAACUCAAAUCCAUUCUGAGAAGCAUGGGCAUGAAUGAUGCCUUCAACAAGGGCCAGGCCAAUUUCUCAGGAAUGUCAGAGAGGAAUGACCUGUUUCUUUCUGAAGUCUUCCAUCAAGCCACGGUGGAUGUCAAUGAGGAGGGCACUGAAGCAGCAGCUGGCACUGGGGGCGUCAUGUCAGGGAGAACCGGCCAUGGAGGCCCACAGUUUGUGGCAGAUCAUCCUUUCCUCUUCCUUAUCAUGCACAAAAUAACCAAGAUCAUUCUAUUUUUUGGCAGAUUUUCCUCCCCUCCAAAUUGAAAAGUUCUGUUUCUGCACAAGAUUUUGUAGCACGAGCCAUAAGCCUCUAAAUUGCUCUUCCAAGUGCCAAAAAGUUAGAGAUUUUUUCUACAUAUGUCUUUUUUGAACAACUUCUGCUCACACUAAAAAUAAAGACAGAAAUAAGUAGA